AUGUCCAACAUUAAAUUUCCUAUGAAAACGAAGGCUGCUGUCUUGAAUGGCUUCAAUCAGAAAUUCGAAGUUAGAGAAAUCGAGAUUGAAGGCCUGAAGCAGGGAGAAUGCCUUGUGAAGGUUGCUGCAGCUGGAAUCUGUCACUCUGAUCUCCAUGUGAUCAAAGGCGACUGGGCUGUUCCUGGAGUCAACACAUUGCCUCAGGUUCUCGGUCAUGAAGGCUCUGGCAUCAUCGUCAAAAAUGGUCCAGGUGUUACUAAAGUUCAGGAAGGUGAUCAUUGCGUAUUGAUCUUCAAGUCUAACUGUGGGCUAUGUGACUAUUGCCAAACUGGCAAGCCAAUGUUAUGUAAUCGUUACAACGUUCGUCCACCUGGUACUCUUUUGGACGGCACCCCUCGCUUCAACAUUGAUGGAAAGCCAUGCUAUCAUAUGGCUGGAGUAGCUUGUUUCUCUGAAUACACUGUUAUGAGCGAGGAGCAACUGAUGCCAAUAUCAAAGGACAUUCCUUUGGAUCGUGCUGCGCUAGUGGGCUGUUCCGUCAUGACUGGUAUUGGAGCUGCUGUAAACACCGCCAAAGUGGAGCCUGGCAGUACCGUAUGCGUUGUAGGCGCAGGUGGUGUAGGCCUCAACAUAUUGCAGGGUGCUAAAUUAUGUAGCGCGUCCAUGAUUAUCGCCGUCGACAUUGUUCCACUGAAACUUCAGCUGGCCAAACAAUUCGGAGCCACUCAUGUAAUUGAUGGUUCAAAGGUUACAGAUGUCGUUGCAGAAGUUAAGAAGCUCACAGGUGGACGAGGUGUCGACUUUUCAUUUGAUGCCAUCGGCAACAAAACAGUAAUGGAACAAAUCUUUGCCAUGAUUAAGCCUGGCGGUACUGCAGUGGAAGUCGGAAUCUCUCCUAUUAACGACACAUCCGCUAUAUCGUCUUUUGCCCUUGCAAUGCAGGAGAAGACUCUGAAAGGAUCGUUCUAUGGUUCCGCUCGCCCUAGAGUGGAUAUGGCACGAAUCUUGGAUCUGUACCAAAAGAAACAAGUCAAGAUUGAUGAACUCGUGUCUGAGAGAAUUCCAUUGGAGGAUAUCAACAGAGGGUUUGAUUUGUUGAGAGCUGGUGCAGUGGCUCGAACUUAA